CCAACCCAUCAUCCAAACCACGGCAUGCACCCCUUCCACCUUACAGGGGACGUUUCCAUUGCCAUAUUGAUCGCAUCCCAGCGUUUCAAUGCUGUAUAGUCGCGCGCAUGUGCCAGCCGCAGUGUGCCAGAACCCAAUGAUGCACCAGCCAUGCAAAUUGCCGAAACCGGUCGCGUCAGCGUCGGUCGAUACUGUAGAUUCAUGAACGGUAGCAGCAUCAUCGAAUCGCGCUUUGUGCGCACGAUAUGGUUCGAGUUCAAGCAACGGGCGAAAGAACGGGGGGAGGGUGGAGCCAAGUUGAGACGGCACCAGACGUCCGCACAUAACGCAAUCCCUCGUCAAAACACGUCAGAAGGGUGGGCGUUGGGUUGGCUCUUGUCUAGCCGACAGGACCAAGAUCGAGAGAGAUCGCGUUCGAGCCAGCCGAUUCCGACAAAAACUUUUGGCUCAAAUGGAGACAGCGAUCGUUCGACACCUAUCUGCAGACUGUGAAAUUGGACGGACGACGAGCGCGUCUGGGCUCCAUGAGCAAUUGUCCUCGUCAACGUGAUCCCCAGCUCUUAAUGCGACGGUCGUGUAAGCCAAAACUAAGCAAAGACGUCGGUGGCAGGAGAUUCGAAUGCCUGCCGGCUGCUCGUGCAAUCUGCAUUGCCCACAAUCUACGGCCGUGCCAACAUCUCCAUGGACGAGCGCCGACGCUGUGUAGUCCUUCCAUCAACAACUCAACAGUGCGUAGCGCAGUUCGUGAUAAAAUUUGCCACCGAGAGGUCCGCCGCAGGGAGCAUGCAUUGUGAUGGCGCCGCACGAC